GUUUGUGUUGUGCGCUGUGUGUUUGCGUGGGGUUUGUGUGGAUUUUUGCAAAAUUCCGGUAUUUGUUUGUACCUGUUGAGCCUGGUUUGAUGUUUAUCACUUAAUUUGUCCAUUAAAUGAAGUCGUUUGCACACGUCGCUGUGCAUGGCAAAUGUCACUGUUGCGCCAUAGUUAGCAUAUCUACAUAUUUAUGAUACUUUUUGCACGAAAACUUGAAAAACAUAUCUUAGCUAACCAAAAUUUAAACCUAUAAAACACCCAAGCAAACCUACUGGGCUCUCUCACUUAGCCAGAGCAUCAAUCUGCACUGCAACGCAACCUCCUCCAAGGUGCAGUAGUGAGUAGACAGGUAAUUGGUCAGUGAAGUUCUGUGAACCCAGUCACCAUGGGUUCCCUGACAAGUCGCCAGGAGGGAACCACGGAAGAGCUGGAUGCUGAACAUGUCCACUCCUACAAGUACCCACCAAAGUCUGGCAAUUAUUUUGGCACCCAUUUCAUAAUGGGUGGAGAGAAGUUUGAGACACCACAGCCAGAGGCAUACCUGUUUGGGGAGAACAGCGACCUGAACUUCCUGAGCAGCAAGCCAGCACAGUCUCCGUACGCGCUGCCACCUCCCAACGAACCGUCCAAGACACUGAAGUCGGUUGUCAACAUCCGCAAGGACUCGUUGCGCCUGGUGCGACUUCCGACUGAAGCGGACUCACCGGCCGGCCGGCAGAAGUUCAACAUCGAGUUCACCUUCGACAGUGACGUGCGCUGUACCAUCACCGUGCACUAUUUUUGUACGGAGGAGAUGACACGUCAUGGACUUGUAUACCGGCCUCGUGACCCAGGCAUGUCAUCAGAGACAUACAGCUACAAAUGUGGCGCUGCGCAGACAUUCUGCCAGCCGAACCACACGUUCGAGCCGGGUCUCUACAGUGACGCCGAGCUCUCCUAUAACUCUGACAGCGAGCUCUAUCCCGUGGUGGUCGUCUGUACGUCAGAGGAGGGAGAAGAGCCGCACCAGUGCCACGUGACGACGGGAGUGGUGGACCGCCUGUCGGACGGCUCGUUCAUGCUGAAGCCACUGAAGCAGAAACAGUACAUCGACGGGCUCGUGUUCCUCCUGCAGGAGAUCUAUGGGAUCGAGAACAAACUCGUCGACAAUAAGAGUGUCGAUGAGGACACCGAAGACUCUGGUGCAGAGUGCGUUAUCUGCAUGUCAGACCUGCGUGACACACUGAUCCUACCGUGUCGGCAUCUGUGUGUGUGUAACUGCUGCGCGGAUCACCUCAGAUAUCAGGCCAACAACUGUCCUAUCUGUCGGGCUCCGUUCCGUGCCCUGCUCCAGCUGAGGGCAGUUCAGAGGACCGUUCCGGGGGCUCCGGCACCGCCAGCCACUGAGGGCUCUGACGGAAUUCCAGCCGGGUAUGAGCCGGUGACGCUGGUGGAGGCUCUCAACGGUCCGAUAUCGACAGGACGGGACGCGGCCGGGUCGCCGCCACUGCCCAGACCCACCUCCGGCCCGCUCAGAUCACGGGGCGGUGUAAAACGUCAGCCAUCUGCGGUCAGUGACCGCAGCAGUCGGGACAGUCUGCACACGGUAUCCUCUGCUGCUGUGCCGCCGGAGGUGCGUCGCCGUGUACUGGAGGAGCGGGGCCGUGCCGAGCUAGAGGAGGCAGCAGGAGCGGACGGUACCUCUGCCGUCCACCGCUCCCGUACUCCGUCCAGAGAGAAGGGCAAGCGGGAGGACGGCGCUGGCGAUGACACGGAGGAGUGUGAGCGGCGCUCUCUGCUGGAGUCCCCGCCACCGGCACCGCCUCGUUCGCCGCCACAGUCACUGACUGAGCCGCGGCCUGCGACCCUGGGACGUAAACCGUCAGCGGCCAGCUCUACAGACUCUGAGACAUCGGCGGCGGCGCGCAACUCCCGACUGGUGACCGUCAUACCGAUCGAACAUGAGACGCACCUGCAGCUGGAGGACUAUCAGGACACAGAGGAUGAGAUCAUUGAGGACCAGUGUCGCCCGGGCCACCUGGCUCCUCCGAACACAGCCGAUACGGGCGACAGCGACCCCAGCAAACGUCUGGGAAGCUAUCAGCCGAGCUCUGUGGUGGGCCCGCGUCCAGCUGAGGUACAGCUGCUCGCCUCAGAGUCCCCAGCCAGCCGCUCCAGUAGGGGCAGUCUCAGCAGCGGCGGCAGCACGCGACUGCUCAUACCGGGCGCCUCCCGUGAGACAGAUAUGUAAUCUCAGAACCGAGAGACAGAAUUUUAGUUUCAAAACUUCUACUGAUCUGAAAACUCAAAACAAAAUCCGAGAGACAUGUGUAGUCUCAGUGGGGAAACUGGAGAAACCGUAAGAGAUAUAUUUGUGGUCUCAGUACGAAGACCGUGAAAGACAGUCGCGUCACGCUGGACAGCAUGACGGCGAGAACCCUGUAAGUCUCACGUGAGACGAUUGGGCGGUCUCGGCAAAAAAAUGUGUUGGAACAAUGUGUCCAGAGCGAUUUGAGGUCUGCUUCGGUAAUAAGAGAAGGACCAUUACAGCAAGAAUUAUUGCUGCUUGGAAUGUCUGAUACCGAAUGGCCCAUAUGUGUGACAAUAAUGUGAAUGCAUUUUAUAUGAAUGUGGACUGGUUCGAGACGGACUGAAUUAUGUUAUAAUACUACUGUCAGCUGUGUAGGAAUGAUCUGGUGUAUGUUUGUUUUACUGAUGGUGUAAAUGCUAUCAUGGCUAGGUGAUCGUCGUAUUAGGUUUUUAUUUUUGAUGAAUGUCGCAAAUAAUAGGUAUGUCGCCGAAAACUGAGUUAUGUUGUCGGACAUGCUUCUGUUUAUUGAAGCGAGAAUCUCGCUGGUUUUCAGUCCAAUUAUUGGGUCGCCUCGUACGGUCUGAAAUCAGGUUGGAAAUAAUAAGCUGCUCUAUCCGUAUCCUGAGAAUUGAGAGUAUAUGCGUGGCACACUUGUGUGUGGUUUUCCAGAGCAUGCAGACUUCUCAGUGUGCUUAUUUAUGUGUUCGGUUAUAUGUGUGUAAACCACGAAACUUCUUUGUAUGUGCGCUAAGUUGAGCGAAUAUGUGCUGUUUUGUAGCGAGAGAUCAUUGUAUUAUUUGUCGUCAUCUGCCGUUCGAGCUGCGUUGGAAGGCAUGGGCAGUCGCACAUAAUAGGUUACAACUGGAGAUGUCAAUCGGAUACAAACUUUUUGGUAUACCGAUACCAUCUUGGUAUUUGGUAUAUCAAUCCAAUUGUUUUUGGUAUGCUAUCGGUAUCCUACAUCCUCAUUGAUGUAAAAAAAAAACAGUGAAUUUGGUAAAAAGUUCGUAUUUCUUUCACCUUCCCAAGCUUGUUCGGUUUUUGGUAUUUUCCCAUGGUUUUGGUUGGUAUUGGUAUCUCGAUUUUCAGUUAUUGACAUCACUAGUUACAACGGUAUGCGGUCGUCGGGAUUCGGGAAUGAUGAUUGGCUGGCCAUAGCCUGCUGCGAUGUGCGGCUGUGCCGACGCUGGAUAUUUGCAAGAUCGUUUACCUUAUUCCUUUGCAUAUUGCUGGUGCUGGUUGCCGCUAGUUGUCAACUCUCGUUACCGGCACAGUGAUUCACUAAGCUAAAAUAUCACGGAGCUCGCUGAGACACUGUAUGCUUAGAUCAGGUCCAUUUUCCAGCAUAAUUCAUUCGUUAUUUGUAAUGUAGCAACCAUAUUUCCGUUCCCUACUGUAGUGUGUCUGUGGAGGCAUUGUUCGUCCACUUACCGCAUUUUGGUAUCGGUGUUUCGGUGUUGCGCAACUUUGCGUUACGACCCUAAUAUGUAUUAUUGUAGAAAUCCUUAUUUGUGUGCUAUCAGUGGCGCUCUGGCUAUGGUGAUACUUUUGUUCAUAAUGGUGAAACUGCCCGGACCUCGGAAGUAUAUGUUAGCUGCACAAUACAAGGAAAUACCGUGAGCGACUGAUGUCGAGAACCUUGACAAUUUACCUGCUAACGCUGUAAACAAACAGACGAGCGCUGCUCCGCAGCUGUCCCAAUAUACUAU